AUGACCGAGGAAUAGUGUGAUUAUGUAUUCAAAUUCAUCAUAAUUGGCAAUGGUAAUUGUGGGAAAACUAGUCUACUUUAUCAUUACACUCAUGGAAAAUCAAUUACAAAUGUUAAGCAGACAUUGGGUGUUGAAUUUUCUGCCAAGAUAAUUUAAGUGAAGCAAAAGAAAAUUAAGAUGCAACUAUGGGAUACUGCUGGCUAAGAGAGGUAUAGAUCUUUGACCAAGGGCUACUACAGAGGAGCCUUGGGAUCUUUGAUAGUGUUUGAUGUUACUAAUUCAGACUCUUUUGAGGCUCUUAAAGAGUGGAUCAAAUGUGCCAGGGAUUUCUCGAAACCAUCAAUCUAAAUAAUUAUCAUAGGAAAUAAAAUCGAUCUAGAAAAAGAAAGAGUGAUUUCUGAAUAAUGUGCUAAAUAAUUCUGCUAGGAAAACGAUGUAUUGUACAUAGAAACUAGUGCAAACACUGGCUAUUAAGUCAAUGAGGCAUUUACUCAAAUUACAAUCAAACUUCUAGACUUGUUGUAGUAAGGAGUCAUUGAUGGAGGUAUGAUCAAGCCAAAAUUCCUUACAACAAAAUAACCAGAUGAAAAAGAAAAAUAAUAACAAUGCAAUUGUUGA